ACUCCCACAAAGCGACCAAAGCAAGAAUCUUUACGCAGAGAAUCAUGAAGUAUUGUAGCUUAGAUCUCGGGCUAUCUCCAGUGACCUCUUCGCUUCAACCUUGUCGCCGAGAUUCGACGGUUAAUCAAUCUUUAAUCAUAAGACCUAAGGAGAUCAAUGUAUUCUAUAAUGGGAAAGUACGUGAACACGAUCUCGUAGAGUUUCAGAUAAGGGCGAUAAUAGAGAUGGCGAGCAAGGAGCGUGGAAUAACGGCGUUAGAGUUAGCGCCGAUGAGACUGGAAUCACCGUUAGGGUUUUCUUUGAAGAGAUCCGUGAAGAGUUUUUUGGAGAAGAGGAAGAAAAGAAACAAAUCUUUUGCACCUUACAGUUACACUUACACCUCCACCUCUUCCUCCUCUUCCCAUAAUUCCUAAACCCAAGUUAUUUAAUUUACUUUUUUUCUUCUAUCAUAACAAAAAAGGAAUCUUUUCUUUUUUUUUAAAUUUGGGUUGAGAAGAAUCUAGCUCGUGUUUCUCUCUUUUGUCAUUUUUCCCGAUACUCGACGAUAAAUUUCGAGUUUUUUUUAAAAUCAAGAUAUAGGAGUUUUAUAAACUGGAUCACUUGUAUUAGUUUGUUUCACAUGAUACUUUCAUGUAUGAGUUUCGCAUUUCUCAUGUAAUGAGUUAUGAGUUUGUUCGUUUA